UAGUGAAAUAAAAAACUAAAUAUUGAAGAACUAUGAUUUUUUGUUUUUAAAUAAAUAAUAGCCGAGCGUUUGUUUACGUUCUUACAACUUACAUAAAAAUGUCUGAAAAUAGAAGAAAUCGCAGAUACAGCAGUUACAAGGACAAAUCUGCAAAACAAAUUGAAGACCCUCCUAUUCAACCGAAAAUAUUAUUAAAAGCUAAAGAUAAAGAAACUACAUUAUUAAGCGGUAAUGAUUCUAAUAUCCAAUUUCUAAAUUCCAAUGUAGCAGCUUUGCAAAAUAAAGAACAUCUCUCAAGCUCUACCGCAACAUCUACGCCAACAGCUUCGAGUUCCGUUACAAGUAAUAUAUCACCCAGUACCUCACAACCAAUAGAAUCACAAUUUGGUCAAAGUGUAGCACAAAUGACUAAACCAAUAACAAUUUUAUCAUUAGCUAACAAUCAAGUCAAUUCUAACACGAAUAAAGUUCUAAUAAAAUCGAAUACAGAUUUUUUAGUUGUUGGCGUGAUUGGACGUCAAGGCAUUGGCAAGUCAACGAUAAUGAACUUUUUAGCUUCGCCAAAAUCUGGUUUAGAUUUUGCUGACACAAGUGAUUCUAUAGCCGUUAACGCUGAAGAAAUUUAUAAAAAAUUUUUUAAGAAUCGUGAAGGAGUAUUUCCAACCAAAUUUAAAUCCGGAAAGUCACCAUCAACUCCUAGAACUGAAUCAUUACAUAUGUUUAUUACCAAGGAUCGUUUGAUACUUUUAGAUGGGCCUCCAAUUUUGUCUAACCCUGGUAAAAAAGAUGCCACAACAAAUGAAGUGGAAGAUAUUAAUUUAAUCAUUUUACUUUUAACCGUUUGUCAUUUGCUAAUUGUUGUGCAAGACGAUUACUUUGAUUUAAAUUUGGUUCGUUUAUUGCAAUUUGCAGAACUAUGUAAACCAAGCGAUUCAGACUCAAAAUCAUUUUCGAGUGACCACUUACCAAAUAUCUUGUUCUUAAAGAACCAUGCUAAAUAUAAGGACUUUUUAGCGGAUGCAAAGUUGAAAUAUGAAAACUUGAUAAAAUAUUGUUUUAAGGAUUCUAAUUUAAAGAUAUUUUUUGGACAAACAGGGGACAAUAAGAAGAGAUCCAAAUUUAUGGAAAAUGAUACUGUAAAUUAUUUUAUAUUUCCAGAAAUUACAGAGAAUGAACUUUACUCUUCCAAUUUAGAUAUAUUAAUGGACGAAUUGCGGCAAAGGGUUUUUAUGAAUCCAAGGAAUAAUAUAUUAAAUUGUGAAUACAAUGAAGCUUUAUGGUUUGAAAUAUUUUCAAAUAGUUGUAUGAGAAAAAAUGAAUUUUAUUUGUCAAAAUAUGAAGAGAUUAGAAGGGCACAUACUAAUCCUCAUACUGAUCAGAAUGCUCAAAAUUAAAUUUAAUUCUAUAAAUAUUUAUUAAUAUGAUACAAUGAACAGUCUGAGCCAGACCAAGAAUUUGGAUUCGAAUCAAAUAUUUGGGUAUCACAGAAUUUAAGAAUAAAAAAUGAUAAAAAUGCAGCUUGAACAAAGUUUCUAUAGCAAAUUGAAAGUGAGACGACGAGGAAAUUGACUUAUACUAGUAAAUAUUUUAUAUGAAUUCCUGUUGAAAAAUUUGUGCAUUUUCUUUUGAAAAUAAAGGCAGUAUUGAGAAAGCUGUGGAUAAAAAUAUUGAAAUAUAUAUAUAUACGGAAAAGGUGAAAUAAAACUAAUGAAAACAAGCCUUCAAUUUUUGGAUAUGUAAAUGAAUUAUAAAAUCUUGUAUGUACUAUACCAAUAAUUUUUUGUAUUAGAUUAAAUUUUUUAAUUUCAUUUAAAAAUUCGAAAUAAUGUUUUGUAAUGUUUUGAAAAA